AUGUUUCUCGGCAUAGUAGAUGAAGAAACAGAUAUUGAUAUUGCCACUAGUUGCCCCAUUCAAGAAGUGCCAAAAUUAUUCCCUGAUUGUGUUUAUGUAGGCAUGGCUUUCGGAGUUUAUGGUAUUUACAAAGAAGGGAGGCACCCUAGUAGUAUUAAAGCAGUUUCAGUUAAGGAAGAUGCCAAAAGAAGAGGUUUCACUAUUAACGCCUUAUAUUAUGACCCUACGACUAAUAAAAUUCUUGAUUUUGUAGGAGGCAAGGAUGAUUUACAAAAAAAGUUAAUUCGAGUAGUGGGUAAUCCAAAAGAUAGAUUUAGAGAGGAUAAGUUAAGAAUGAUUAGAACAGUUCGUUUGCUCUAUCAGUUAAAUGGCAAAUUGUUUCCGGAACAAACCUCUUUGAUUUUCAAUCCAACUCAAGGAAUGUUUAGUUUAGAGAAAAAAACUGAAAGAACAAUUAAAUAUUUAACCAAAGAACUUUUACCAGCAGUUAGUUAUGAAAGGAUUUGA